GGAGCUCCGCCCUUCGGGCGGGCUUGCGAAGCGUCGGGUGGGUACGCCGGCUCGCCUGGGAGCAGCCUUGGCUCAGCUGUGCGUCCGCUGCCAGUGGGAGAUUUCGCGGCACGAGGCGGCGGCCUAGUGUGGCAGUAGCGGCGCUGCUCUUGGAAACGGUCCCUCACCGCCUUCCCCUCAUCCGCUCGGUGAGCCCGCAGCUUCUCCCCAACCACGGCGGAGUCGGUCAAGCCCACCCUCUGCAGAGUUGUCAUCUACUUGCAGAAGGAGAUGUCGGGGGACACCUGCCUGGAGCCCCUCUGCCUCGGCCCCGGAGCCAAGCCCAAGAGCUGCCCCUUCAGGGCGGCUGGCAACAAGUACGUGCGACUCAACGUGGGCGGCUCCUUGUACUACACCACAGUGCAGGUCUUGACGCGGCACGACACCAUGCUCAAGGCCAUGUUCAGCGGCCGGAUGGAGGUGCUUUCGGACAAGGAAGGCUGGAUCCUCAUCGACCGUUGUGGGAAGCAUUUCGGGGCCGUCCUAAACUACCUGAGGGACAAUGUGGUCACCCUGCCGAAGAACCGGCAGGAGAUCAAAGAGCUGAUGGCCGAAGCCAAAUAUUACCUCAUCCAGGGACUGGUGGAUCUCUGCCAGACCGCGCUGCAGGACAAGAAGGACUCCUUCAGAGCCGUCUGCAGCAUCCCCGUCAUCACGUCCCCCAAAGAAGAGGAGCGGCUCAUAGAGUCUGCAAUGAAGCCUGUGGUGAAGCUGCUCUACAACCGAAGUAACAACAAAUACUCCUACACGAGCAACUCCGACGACAAUUUAUUGAAGAACAUAGAACUGUUUGACAAGCUGUCCCUCCGCUUCAAUGGAAGGGUGCUAUUCAUCAAAGAUGUAAUUGGGGACGAGAUCUGCUGCUGGUCCUUCUACGGCCAGAACCGGAAACUGGCUGAAGUCUGCUGCACAUCCAUCGUUUAUGCCACAGAGAAGAAGCAAACCAAGGUGGAAUUUCCCGAAGCCCGCAUCUAUGAGGAGACGCUGAACGUCUUGCUGUACGAGACCCCCCGGGUGCCCGACAACUCCCUGCUGGAGGCGACAAGCCGGAACCGGAGCCAGGCUUCCCGGGGCGAGGAAGAGGACAGCAGCUUUGAGCUGCGCGACCGGGUCCGGCGCAUCCACGUGAAGCGCUACAGCACCUACGAUGACCGGCAGAUGGGCCACUAGGGGCCCCCGCGGAGCCGCUCGGGGGGCCCACCUUCCACACGGGCAUUUCGCUGGCCUCGGUGGGCCUUAUGCAAGCGGAAGGCAGGGGCUAAAGGCGGGUUUGACUUUGAUUGCUGCCGGGCUGCGGCGCUACGUGAUCGCAGGAGGCCUGCCUCCCCCCACCCCAAGUGCCAGCCCAAAGCAACCUGGCUGGUUUUAAACAAUCUCUUUGUGUGUUGCUGUUUUAGUUCAUGUCUCUUCUGGAAGCUCCCAGGCAGCUUUUUAUGCCUCAGGAGAGGCAACAAAUUGCCGUUCCUUGUUCAGAUUUGAGAGCAGCUCUCGCCCAGGAACCUUCUUGGUUAGACAGACUCAGACUCUGCUUAGCGGACUCUAGUUUUUCCUUGAAGCUUUCAAAUCCAGAUGCUGAGGACGAGGACGAGGCCGCUUCUGCCGAUCAAACACUACAGUCUGCAGCCCUGUCCCCCCUUUGCCUCUGUCCUUGUGCUUUUCCUCCCGCAAGGUGCAAUAUGAUCCCAUGUCAUCCAGACCCAAAGCUGGGAGAACUUUGAAUACCAGCUAAAUAUUUGUAGCUUGAAUCUGGGGAAGAACUUACAAAUGGAGACAGGCCCCUACAGAGCAUCUCCUCUGCUCCCCAGUUCCAACUGACGUGCAUCUAAGGGGACUGUCACCCCCUGGAUCUUUUCAUGCAGCCGGUUGAGGACAUGAAUGCUUCUGGGCUUGUGAGCAGCCAUGCAGCCAUCCAGUAUAAGCUGCUAUCCCAGGCUGUUGGGCUUUGCCACGUUAGCUUAAGGCAGGAUGCGGAGAAGUACAGAGUAAAGGAGAGUGAGUAAACUCCUGAAGGGGGGAACUGCCCCGUCAGCCCCCAGCCAAAGUGCGCUAAUUUCUCGGGCUUUUAAAGGAACUCAGAGCACUGGCCUGCAAUGGAUUACUGUAGAGCUAGAUUUUGGCGAUGGUGGGGUGGAUGUUUUGGGAUUGCCUUUGACCUCAUGCAGAAUUGCUCAGAGCACCCCGAGAGCUCUCCAGAGCAAGAAUCCGCCAGUGUCUACAGCCUGGCUCCCACAAAGUUGCGCUGGUAACCAAAUGCAGCAAAACUCGAUGCUGCCCCUCCACACUCUCUCCCCCCCGCCCGGCCAUGCAACAGCCGGGGUAUGCAGUACAUGAGCAUUUAAUUGGGGCCCAAGGUGUUGGUGGUGUGGACAGCUGGGCAUCGUCCUGUUUAGGAAAGGGCGGUCUGGUCGAUGCUGCAUUGGCAUCCUGUAUCCCCGGGGGUUCUGUCUCUGCUUGUUUUGGCUGGCAGCCUUUCCGACGAGGGCCUCUGGCCUGCCCCCUCACUUGGCCGUCCUGACCUCGCGCACUGCUCUGGUCGGCGGCCCUGAGGAUUCCUGGUCAUUGGCCAUGUCGGCGGCGGUGCAUCUGGCUGGGAAAGGCUCCCGAAAAAGGAAAGGGCCGCUUUAUUCCCGGCAUAGGUGCAUUUUGGGGGGAAAUGCUCCCUCUAGCGUCUGGCUUGGUGAACAGAACCGUGUGAAUCAGGCUUCACACUAUACGCUCUUUCCGCUCUUGUAGGCUGAUUGUGCGUCGUGGGUUGCACAAGCUCGGUUUUCGGCAAGCAGUUCCAGGUAUGCAGAGGUGGGACUCAGCCUAGCCAGGCUGUUGAUUGGGCCCUCUCAGCAUGGGGGAACCAAUUGCAGGGCAGGGAGGUGCCUGCUGAUCUUGAGCUGAAAGGUGAAGGCUUCCUCCCUCGCCAUGGUUCUAAAAUAGAGCCUCCCUAUUCCGGAGCAGUGCAUCUGACAGUGCUCGGUGCUGGCUGUUGCUUCCCAGGUGCCCCAAGGUUCAUGGCUUGUCCACUGGAGGAGCACAAGAUGCUCACUCGGAUGGUUCACUCUGAUCCAGCUACAUCUCUGAUGUGGGCCAGGUUGAGAAGAAAACGGGACAGUUUUAUAAGAGGGGGGCCUCACUUUUUGUGAACAAACCAGGAGCGGAUGACGCAAUGAUGGCAAGAGAAAGGGAGCAAACCAGGGUGCUUCCUUGCCUGUUCCUUCCAGGAACUGUUGCUCUUUUAUUCCUGGCUGUAUAAGCAAAUGGCCUCUGCACAAGCUUUCUCCCCUUUCAUGGGUCUAGUCCUCAUUGAGGUGGUUGAGCAGCCCCAGGACUUGGGCAUCCUGAAGUGGGCUCUAAGUGGAAUGCUUCGUCAUGGCCGGCACAUCCCUUGCAGCUGAAACCCUGGCAGUUCAAGGAGAAGGCAUGGCCAGAAACCUUUUGAGAGGCUAGGAUUUGAUGUGCACUGUGCAGUCUUUCCUCUCUGACUUCAUGGCGCGCCGCAAGUGCUGCCCAUCCCAUGGUAUCAAACCACCUGAAACGUCUGGAUUUCUAAGAAGUGCAUUACAGUUGUCAGUGCUGUUGCAAAGCAAAUGACCGUAAAUAAGGCAGCUGAGUUCCAGCGUUGGCUGGGCUGCCAGUUGUAAAAGUUGGGAAAAGACCCUAUUCCAGCAAGCCUUGCCUUUAGGGCUGGUGAGGUUGUAGAUACCCACCCACCCCCUUUUGUCCUGGAGUGGUUACCCCGCCCUGGUCUGAAGAACGGAAACUCGGGUUUGCGCCUUCCCAGCUGGGGCAGAAGCGUUGCGAUGGCCGCUGUGGGCGUUGGGGUGGACUCCCUGCAGUGGAGUUUACGAGAACGUUCCCGUCCCAUCCCACUGAAUGCUCUGCUGUUAUCCGUGUCCAUUGGUGUCACGUAGAUCCUGUUCGUUCCAAGGAUGUGGUUACGGAAACUGUUCUCGGAAGAAAACAUCCAGUGCGGCCUCUUCCUUCACCAUCUCCGCCACGGCCUAGGAACAUAAUCCCCAGAUAACCGAGCGGCUCAAACGCAUUCUGCAGAAAACGGCCAGCGGAGCGAAUGCCAACCUAGCCGACUCGAAGCCAAGUUAGAGGAGGAAAAAUCGGGGUCGGGGGAAGGUACUUAGGGGUGUCUCAUACAUAGCGGCCAAAAAUGCACUAGGGGGAAGAGAGAGGGAAACCUCACUCCUCAUCCCCCAGCCAUUUGUGAAAGCCACCCCUUCCGAUUGCCUUGCAGUCCUUGGCUCUGUGGGUCCUUGCCACGAAAGGAACAUCCAUCCCAGGAGGUGGUGGCGGGAGCCAAAAAUAUAGGGGGAAAGUCAGGAGAGGAAGUCCUGGCUUGGAGGUGGCUAAGCAAAGCAGCUGCCCUCUGCCUCCAAGAGCAAUUAGCAUUUGGGGUCUCCUCCUAGUGAAGGAGCAGUGCCCAGUUUGUGCUCCCUGUUGCGACAAGGCCUCAGUGUGUCUCCUUGUGAGGUGUGGGGCAGGGAGAGCGGGUUCCCCAGUGUGCUUCCAUUCCUGAAGCCAAAGAAUGACCCCGGCAGAGUUUGGAGUCACGGGAGGCAGCCUCCCUUGGCCACAGGGGCUGCUUGUAUUCGUUUGGGCCACUCGGCGGUCUCCCAUCGCCCGCACUGGCUUGCUUCCAUUGAGUUUUGUACUUCGGCAAUUGAGAUUGUGACUUCCGUAUGUACCUGGCACAGAACAAAUAAAACAGUUCCAUAGCAA